GCCACUCAUGAAUACCUAGAUUCACGCUUUCCUUUACUGUUGCCUAAUUUUCUUUCGCUCAAUUCCCCACUGUCCCACCACUAAUUCUUCUCUGGUGGAUUUGCUUCAUCCUUUGAUCAUCUCAUUUGUUUCGGCUUACCUCCAAUUCCCCCACUUAUCAGUAGAUUUAGUGCUGCAAUAAAGUUUUUGCACGGUUGUUUUCCUUGUCAAUGUAACUAGAUUGUGGACCUAAACAUCCUUCUGGUGUCCAUGGGCAUACAGAAGAUUUGGCAAUGGAAAUCAGGGGUUAGUAGUUGCCAUGGUUGGUUUCCUGUCUCAUUAAAAGGUGAGGGCAAGGAAAAGGAACAUGAUGACCCUCUUAAGGGGGCCAACUCGGGUGAUGAUCUGGAUGACUGUGAUUUCGAGGGAAUUGGCUGUGAGCUUGGCAUGGUGGAAGGUCAGAUAUGCAGUAUACCGUAUGAACUGUUUGAUCUACCGGAUUUAAGGGAGAUACUGUCGUUAGAGACAUGGAACUCGUGCUUGACAGAGGAAGAGUGGUUCUCUUUGUCAGCCUACCUUCCAGAUAUGGACGAAUGGACUUUCUGGUUGACUAUGAAAGAUCUUUUCAGUGGUAGUGAUUUUUAUUUUGGGAAUCCCGUGGCUACAUUUUUCAAAAGAUUGAGAAGUGGAUUUUAUCCUCCAAAGAUUUCUCGACUUAGAGAUUCCUUGCAGUUUCUUGAGAGGAGAAAAUAUUACCAUGCAAUAAGAUCUUAUCAUCACAAAAUGGUACAAAUGUUCAUAGACAUGGGAAGGUUGUGGGAUGAAUGUGACAUAAGUGUUGGCAUCCCCGAAAGAUUUUAUAUGUGGAGAACAAGGAUGAAAUGUGGGGAUGCCAAUACCAUUUUGCUUGACCUUAAUGCAGUGCCUAGUGAUGGAUAUUUGUUAACUGAGGAUGUUAACCCGGAUGCAGUCAUGCCCCAUUUACCAAAGAGAAUGAAAAUUUGGGAUAGUGUUAAAGAAAAAGCUAAUGUUGCCAGUGCAUCUGCCAAUGGAAUGAACACUAUUCUGCCAAACUGCAGUACAAAGGGUGUUCUGGAGGUUAAGACUACUGGCAGUGCGACUCACAGUUACAACCAAAAGAUGGUUGUGGAUGACCUUUUGGAACAAAUUCGACCGGUACCAAAGGGACUAUUGAAAGUAGUUCCCAAAGUUCCUUAUGUCUUACUCCAAGUAUCAAAAGUGUUCUCAAGAAGGUCACAGAAGGCAUUGCAUGUGGGUGCCCAAAAUUUACAGGUCCGCGUAGUGCCUAAUUUGCCAGCACCUGCGUACAUGGAAAAUGCAGGUAACUUUAGUGGGCCACUGUUUCUAUGGGAAAAGGUUUCCGGUGGCCAAAUGAACCCUGAGCAAUCUCGAAGUAUGUUAAUUCAUCAGGAUAGUGCUUUAAGAAGCCGUAGAUAUUUACAGGACUCUAGUGAAAGUAGAAGCAAGGAAGUUGACAUUGCUGAUUUAGGUAAACAUAAAUUGUUUGAACUUGAUGACGAAAGCGUAAUUGACUCAAAGGGAUACAAAUUUGAUCAGAAUAUGGGGCAUAACCUCGACAUGGGGAAGAAAGGAUUGUUUUCAUACCCAUUCACCAACCAAUAUCAUGAAGGAGAGAGGCAUACCAGAAUCAUGCAAAAAGAGUGUAUGGCCAUUCUUCCAAGAGUUCCUGGGGCAGUCUCGGGUUCAGGAAUUGAAGGAGGCAUGCAGGACAAGUUGAUGGCUUUUCCCAACCAAAUGAAGAACCCAAGUGAUUUUAAAGUUGAAAUUACAGAGAAGCCAAGUAAACCUAGUGGUUCAGAGAUCAAGUAUGAUACCCAUCCUUUGACAUACAAACGAAGAAAGCCCCAAGCAAAAAACUCGCCAGGCUUCACCAACUCACUGAUAACAGGUACUGAUAUAAGUUCUGUUAAUCCAAAUUAACCAAACCAACCUUUGGGGAGAAUGUGAAGACAUUGAAGAUAAAAUUCAUGGGUUGGGAAAACAUUCCUUUGAACAGGGAAUCUUGAACAGCAUGUAAGGCCUAGUAUGUAGUUAGCUCCUCCAUCCGAAUAUAAAAACCUCCCACAUCUUGUGGUAAAAUCACCCCUCUGUUAGAGGUUUCUUUUGUAUGUUUUAAGUCGGUAUAUAUGUCAGAAAGUUCUUAUUAUCGUCCUCAGAUUUUUGUCAACUUUUCUCCACAUAUAUUUUCACUGUAAAAUGUCAAUUAAGGGUAAUAUCAAUCCGAUCACGGCCAUUGUAUUUUCAUUUCAGUGAUAUGCACUAUAAGAUCUGAUGAAAGGUUUAGGACCAAAAUAUAAA